AUGUGUCUUCAAGCUAAUCAAGAUUUGGAACAGUGGACGCUGCAUGACGUAUACGGCACUUUACAGGCACAAGAACAAGAGGUGCAAAAGAAGAAGGUCGCUUUGGUUGGACCUCUAGCUCUUGUCUCUGACUCAAAGGAGACUGAAUCUAGUCAACCAUCUAUAGAAAGAAGAUGCUUCAUUCUAAAUGAUCGGGAUCAUCUUGGAGAGUUCCACAAGAUGGCUGAUGAAGGCAAAUUACUUGGAUACUCCACACACUUCAAGGCCUACAAAGUCUUCAAUCUACGAACCAAUACGGUCAUGGAAAGCAUCAACGUCACAUUCGACGAUAAAGAACAAUUGACUUCAGAGUACUUCAGCUCUGGACUAAAGCUUAACCCAAUGACUUCCAUUUCUCUAUCGAAGUCAAGGGAAUUGGAACUCAGGCAACUUUUUGAAGACUACUUUGGUGAUGAUGACAUCUCUGCGCGUGCACUCGGUGAUGCCUCUGCACGUGUACAAGAAGAUCCACAGACUUUAAGCACAUCCGUCUCUGGCCCUUCUAACACCUCUGCUUUUUCUAGUGAUCAAGCCAUUCCACAACCAGAGCCUUCAAGAUCUAGAUCAGAGCCCAUUUCUUUAGAGCCAGAGAACGUUACCACUGUCUCUGAACCUGGUUCCUCUAUACCAUCAUCCGGAGGGGAGCAAGUAGAGCCAUCGUCACCAACUAUGAGGCAAAUGCCAAACAUACUAGAGGAGCAAGAUGCCAUGACUCCAAUGUCUGUCCAAGCUCCCAUGACAAGAUGGACAAAACACCAUCCCGCUCAUCAAAUUAUUGGUGAACCUUCAAGUGGAGUAAAGACAAGAGUUGUAGCCAAUGAAUGUUUAUUUGUAAACUUUCUAAGCGUGGUAGAGCCCAAGAAACUUCAUGAAGCCUUACAAGACCUUAGUUGGGUUGAUGCCAUGCAAGAAGAACUCCAGCAAUUCGAAAGAAACAAUGUAUGA